AUGACCCUGCUCACACAGAAGCCUGUGACCAUAGGAAAUUUCAUGAAGCAGAAGCCAGAAAAGAUGAGAAAACUGAAGCAUGGCGAGGGAAGAAAAAGAGUACCUGUUACAGUUUAUCAACAACCUAGUGUGGCCAACCUACCUUUGGUGAGCUCUACUUAUGCCCUGGUCUCCUCGGUUUACAUCAGUGCAAAGGACCAGCAUCUGUUCAUGAAGUCUGUGUGUGAGAUUGCAGAGAACAGUAUGAAGACCAUUAUCUCCAUAGCCCUGUGAAGUGUUCUGCCUGUUAUCCAGAAGCUAGAGCCACAACUUGCAGUUGCUAUUAUCUAUCCCUGUAAAGGGCUAGACAGGACUAAGGAUAAACUACCUGUUCCGAAUCAGCCAACAAAGCAGGUUGUUGCCCAUGUCAAAUGUGCUGUGACUGGGGCAAAAGAUGCUGGGACUACUACUGUGACUGGAGCCAAAGAUUCCGGGGCCAGCAAAAUCACUGGAGUGGUGGGUAAGACCAAAGGACCAGUGACUGACAGUGUGGAGAGGAGUAAGUCUAUCAGCAAUAAACAAGCUAAGCAAAAAAGCCAAGAAACAAUUUCUCAACUCUAUUCCAUUGUUACCCUGGUUGAAUUUACCAGGAAUAAUGUGCAUGAUGCCUGUCAGAAAAUUAAGGAUGCACAGGAUAAGUUCUCAUUCUCAUGGGUGAAGUGGAAAAGAAGCACCAGCCAUGAUGACACAGAUGAAUCUCACUGUGCUGAGCACAUUGAGUCAUGCACUCUUGCUACUGCCUGGAACCCAACUCAGCAGCUCCAGACUGCCUGCCACAUCCUCCUGUCCAGCAUCCAAGUGUUACCUCAGAACAUUCAAGAUCAAGCCACCCCCUUGGAAGUCAUGCCAGAUAACAUCUACUCAUUGUUCAGCUAUGCUGCCUCCUUUAAGGAAAUGUCCAAUGGCUUUCUCACUUCUAGCAAGGGGCAGCUGCAGAAAAUACCUUUAGAUGAUCUCAUGGAUUAUCUUGUUAACAAUAUGCCAUACAGUUCACUGGUAGGUUCUUUUUUAUCCUCAGCUGAGUCUCAGAAUGCCCAGGACCAAGGUGCAAAGCAGGACAAGACCAGCCAGGAGUCCCAGCAACCUGAACAUAAAUUAAACUUGUUCCUGUCAUAG